AUGAUUCCUGUUGACAUGUUAAAUGCCGUCGCAUUGAGCCAAGAUGGCAAUGCAGAAUCUUCGGCAUUUAUGUACAACAUGGUCACUUGCGAUCAAAUUAAUCUGCAAUUGUCUUACCAAAUUUUUGUAGAGAUGUCGCGAGUUUCCAUGGAUUCUUGUUUGUUGCCCUCAAUUCCAUGCAAUAUAUUUAACACUCUAUACCAGUUGAACAAUCGCAAAGAUAUUAAUAAUCCUAAUUGGCGCAACAGCGUCACCAGUUGUGCAGAAUAUGAACAAUAUAUCAAUGCUAUCAGAUUUUAUGGAUACACAUUACUCGUCAAAGUAGUCCAAAAUAAGUACAGCCAAUUAGACUGUGAGUGUGUUAAGAAGGAUUUGGAAGGGUUUUUAGUGGCAAACAAUACAGUUGUUAGUGAAUAUUCUAUACUUGUUUGUCAAAAGUUGGCACAGUAUAUUACGGCAAUCGCUCUCCAAAAUUGGCCAAAUGACUGGACAAACUUCAUCCAAUUCUUCAUAUCAUCAAUCCAUAACCAAUACCAAACACUGAUAUUCCUAUAUUUUAUCACUGAGAUUUCACAGGAACUUAAUGAAGAUGCUAAUAAUACGAUCCCCUACAACAAGAAAAUCAAAAUUGCUACAGUACUUAAGUUGAACAUAAUGCAAGUUUUGCAAUACCUUCAACAAAUAGCAGAUUUAGAUAAUGAAGUUAUCAAAUCCGCAUGGAUUUCUGCCUAUAGAAAUUUGAGUGGCGUCGUGCCAGGUGAAUUAAUGAUGUUACAUGCCGAGCUGUUAAAAUUCAAAUUGUUAGAUCAAAAAUACAAACAUCACAAAAUAGACAUUUUAUAUACUAUGUACAACAUGGGCAACAAUCUUGAAUUCAAAAUUGUGAAUGACUACAAGCACCUGGAUAACUAUGUCAAGAUCAUCACAUCUUUCUCAUUUGAAUGUGUGAAUCAGGGUCUAUUUAGCUAUGAAUCCGCUAGUGAUAUUAUUGAGGAGCAGAGGAUUAUCGCAAAUACUGUUAGGAAUCUUGUAGAUAAGAACUUUUCCAACCUACAAACUCACCUGGAAUGGCCUAGGAUUUAUGCACUGUUUAGCCAAGGCAUAGUACCAUUGAUAAGCCACCCCUCAAUGGAUAUUGCAAUUAUAGGUAUGGAUGCAUGCAAUGUGUAUAUUAGGAGAUUGUAUUCGGGAAAGUAUACACUUGGUCCGGAAGAUGUUAGUCAUUUUGUAGCGGCAAUUUACCUUAGGAUACUAAGGUUUGCCAAUCCAGCAGUUACAAUUGAUUCCAAAAUUGUUAGUUUGCUUGAUAACUUCGUGCAAUUGAUGUAUAAACAGCUUCUUGGUAUUAAAAUUGGUGAUUGGAGUAGCCUAGUGUCUAACAACUAUCAGUUAAAUGACACGAUGGUUACUAUUGGCAGUGUGGGCGAAGAUCCCGUUUACAGUGAUUUUAACGCAAAAUUCGCCAUUUUGCGCUCUAAAAGCUCGUCUUGUCUAGUCACCCUAGCAAAUGUUAACCCUCAUUUACUUAAUCACUCAAUUAAGACAUUGGUAGAAAUUGCUAAGUUGGCGUUCACUUCCCAGGCAUUCACUGAUGAUUUUAAUUUCAAACUAGAUCCAGGGAAUCAAAAGGCGAUUACUUGGCUUGUACCCAAGUAUAUAAUUUACGAGGCAAUUUGUCAUGUUUUUGAAUCUCUUAUAUCCAGAGUAUCAUUUGAUUGCAACAGCGCUAACGAGUGGGUUGCAUUCGCUAAGAUCUUUUAUUGCGAAAUGCUUAGGGUUGAUUUCAAAUCAUCCAGCUCUGGUGUUGUGGUUACACUGCUAGAAAAUAGGAAAUUGGAAUUCAUCAGCAACACUGCUAAUUAUUUGCUGUACCAAACGGUGUCAAUUGAGGAAGUGCUUGACUAUCUUUUUUCAUUAAUAAGCGAUAUUAGUGAACCUAAAAUUGUGUCUAUUGGUAACCAAAAAUCUCCUAGCAAAAUCGCAGCCAAUGCGUUAACCACUGUAUGUAAGACUUGCAGUGAUAUUAUCCCAAACCUUAUCCAACUGAUUGUGGACAAAUUGACCAAUUUGUUGCAGGUUCCUCAAUUGAAUCAAAACUUCAUAGCAGAAACACUGAUAUUGUCUAUAUCUUGUUUGAAAAAUCCCAGCGCCAAGAGACCAUUAGUGGAAUCUAUUAUCUCGCCACAAAUUGCAAAAUUCGUUUCGUUUAAGCACUUUAUGUCUGAUUGUGAUACAAUGCUCACUGCUUUAUUUGGUACUAAUCCAACAAGUAAUUCGGGUAGAUUGCUAGUGAAAGCGGUACCGGAAUUCAAAGAUACAUUGAAAAGAGGAUUGAUUCAGAUUACAGGCAUGCUCAAACGCAUGGAUUUGCAGGAAAUGGCUAUCCUUAAUUGUAUUAAUCAGAUGCUACCAAUAAUGAGCGACCUGAUGUUUUCAUUCGUCAACAUAUGGAAUCCCCAAAAUAUUGAACAGAGCACUUGGGAAUGGAGGAAGCCUCUACUAUGUCCUGGAGUUGAAGAAUUGGAGACUUUUCAGUGGUUUUCAUCAGCUGUGUCCGCAACACAAAUUGUAAAGUUGUUAUUCCCUUGCGGCGAUUUGCCUCCCGAUUUUGUUUUAUCUGCUAGGCAUGAUUUGUUUAGCAUUCGCUCAUCAUUGUUCAAGCUAUUAGGAACUUGUUCGCCCCUUUAUACCGCCGAAUCACUUGAUAAAUUUAAGUCCAUAAUUGCCAUGUCCUACAAGUGGAUGCCGUUUUCACAGCAAUCAAUGAUGUUGAGGCAUUUUAUAUUACCCUUGUUUUCAGAUGAUGUUCUGUACCAUUUAUACAUGUGUGGCAGGAUUUCAUUCCUUGAACCCUUUGGUUCUAUUAUUUUCCAGGUUGAAAAAUUGAACAGUGAAUGGCUCAGUCUUAGACAUCUAAAGCGAUAUUUGGAAAAUGCAAAUGAUAGUUCGGGCGUUUCCAGGGAAAAGUACAUCAAUCUGUACUAUAUGAGAGUUCAUGCAUGUAUCGAAAAUUGCUCAUUGAUGUUAUCAAUAAUAAACGCCUCAACAAAGUGGCCCAAGGAUGUCGAUGGUAAUUAUGUGUCUUUUAAGAAAAAGAUUUUUGAGUCUAUUGGUAAUAAUAUUAUCCAAAUAUUAAUAAAUAGUUUGUUAUGGCCUCAUGUUGAUACAAUACUUGAGGGAUUGAGACUCAUACGUCAAUAUUUAAAGGCUUCCAUGAGCAUCUCCGAGAUGUUUCAAGAAACUAAGGCGCAAUUCCAGUACAACGGUAUUGAAAUUGCGAAAGCAUUGUUUAACAUAAUGUUCACACCUCGCGACUUCGAUCCUUUGCAUUUAGGGAUUUCAAAUGAAGAAAAUGUCAAUACAGAGUUUAAACAUUUCUUCUCGUUGAAACAGAAAGGAGAUGGACGUUGCUUUAUUCAGGCUUUCACACUCACAAUUUUUACCAUCUAUGAUAUCCUCUUUAAGAUAACUCCCUCUACAGCAACACAACAAUUAAUACACUCGUUGCAAGGCUUGUUGUGUAACGCCGAUAAUGCUAUAUUUACGACCGAAGAGUGUGACGAAUUUUUGCACUUGAUUUCUGAGCAAAAGUCAAUCGAGGCCAAGUCUAUGUUGAGGGUGAAUGUUAAAAUCGCAGUUGAAAUUAAGCGAGGUGAAUUUGGCCACAAGAUGUCUAUUCAACAUAAAAAAAUAUCUGAUAAUGAUCGAUGGAAGUGUAAUAGUAUCUUUGAUCCAAAAGUUCCAGAAUACGACACUAGUCUAGAGGGAGAGGAAUCAUUCUUGGGUGAAUCCAUUCUGUCGCUACUUUUGGAGUAA